CUCUCUUCGUCUCGUCUCGCCUCGUCUCGUCUCGUUUCGUCUCCUUUUCGUCUCGCCUCGUUUCGUCCUGUUCUGUCCCGUUCCGUUCUAUUCCGUCUCGACCGUCUCGUUGCAUCUCGUUUCAUCUCACUUCGCCCCGCCUCGUCUCGUCUCGUCACGUCUCGUCGCGUCUCUUCGCGUCCCGUCGCGUCUCGUCUCGUAGGAGCUUUCCGUUUGCCUGUGCUUGCUGCUGUCGAGUAACGAUUAAAUGAAAGGGGGAGAAUUAUGGCAGGUCGGUAGCAAACGAGGUGAGGCGGGGUGGAGCUCAAAGGAGGGAUGAAUGGAACGGCAGCGGUACGACGCAGCGUCGGGGCUGGUGCAGGCGCCAUCAGUGGUGGAGCCAUCGAACCAGCGCCCAUCGCCACUCUGGUCAUAUAUAAGGACGACGCUGGAUUUGGAAUGAAAGUUUCUGGCGACAAUCCAGUCUACGUUCAGUCCGUAAAGGAAGGUGGUGCAGCAGCAAGAGCUGGUCUUCAUGCGGGCGACAAAAUAAUCAAGGUGAACGGAGUCAAUGUAAUGCAAUCUACACAUACUGACGUGGUUCAACUUAUAAAAUCAUCGACACAAGUGGUAUUGACGGUGCAGCAGAAACCAGUGACAUCGAGUGGUGCGGCAGCAGUAGGGACAAUAGCGACAGCAACAACAACUUCCGGUCUGCAAGUCGGAGUGGUCGGCGCCACAAGUCAACAACAUCAACGUCCGGUCAGUUUGUUGACAGCCGGAAACAUGUCACCCUCACAACCGGCAACUUCUCUUCAUCGGGUGUCCACAGCACCGGCAGGCAGUGCUCCGUGUAACACUCGAAUCACAGGCCCGCAACCAGUUGACCUCGAGAAGAAGCGACAACUGGAAACGCAGCGAGUUCACACAUUCCAGCUUAUGUUGGAAAAGGAACAAAGUUACGUAGACAAAUUACGGAGCGAGCUGGCAAAAGCUGGCACCGGUAGCGGCAGCACCAAUGUCACUGCUGUACAAGCAGAACUGGCGGGUGCCGAGAGAAGAGUGCGCACUUUGCAGGAACAGCUUGCAGCGAUUAGCACGACAAACGAACAGCUUUGCUCAUUGGUAACAAACACCUCAUGUUCCUCGGGUUAUUGUCCACCCUCAAACAAUGGCAGUGGCGCAGACGUGCCGCCCCCACUGCCAUCGCGUAAAUCCCUAUCCAUGCAAAGUCUCUCUCCACCGCCUUUGCCUCCUCGACCUCCACCUGCCAUGCAAAACACAGUCCAACCGGAGCUGGACCGACAUCUGCUGAUUCACUUAACGCCUUCAACUGCCAAUCAGGGUAUUUCUAACUCUUUUUCCCAAGAUGCUAAUUUGAGCGUUUCGAGCUCGCUCAGUAAACAUCAGCGAACAAAGUCCAGCCCGGAACAAUUGGGAACAACGGCAAUAUCUCCUUCAGAAGCCAGUAGACGUUUAAUCGCCUCUGAAUCAAUGAAUGAUUUAUUACCUCCGAGACAUGUCAGGCAUGACGAUAUUGACGCUAAUGAAUUACCUCGUGUCACACCACCUGGAACACCACCGCCACCGUAUCCCGCCCCCAUUUUGGGACAAGACAUUUUUUCAUCCACAUUAAAUGACGCACUUGCUACUGAUAUCAUUCCUGGACUGCCAGCGUUCCAACAGCCAAUUAUGUCAAUGGAAGAAGAUGACGUUAGUGAUCAAGAAAUUGGUCAAUUGGAAGACCAUGGACCGUUUCAAUCUUUAUCCAGGCUGUGGGGACAUCAUGCACACCUUGCUGUAUUUGUUAAUUACAUUUUAUCUAAUAGUGAUCCUUCUAGUUUGUUAUUUUAUUUAGUAACUGAUUUAUACAAGGAGGGAAAUGCCAAAGAGAUGAAGAAAUGGGCAUACGAAAUUCACUCUAGUUUUCUAGUACCUGGUGCACCGUUACGUCUACAUAAUGUGGAUGAGAAUGUUGCAAACGAGAUUGAUGAUGUUCUCUUGAAAGAAUCUGAUAAAGAAGAAAUUCUCAGAAAGAUAUUUUGGAAGGCACGUACUAGAGCAAAGGAGGAUUUGAACGAACAACUGACGCAUUUCCAACAGAAGAGAACCGCAGGACUGGCAACGAUCUUUGGUCCAACCGAUAUUUCGCUUGAUGAAAGUAUAUCUGAUAAAGCACGCGAAACAAAAAUUAUUGAAACAUAUCUUCUGCCAAAAAUGGAACCUUAUCUGGAAGACAUAGAGAAAGAACACGUGGAUUUGCGACUCUUUACGACGGCAGCUGGUCUAGCUACCAUAUUAAUAAAGAUUUUCCAGUUGCGACCGGUAUGGGUAGAUCGAGUGCCUACCUUUGUCGCAAAAGAUAAAUCCAACAUCAAAGCACGGCUACUUAUUGGAAAAUCGCGUAAGAUGACGAUUAGGGGACACCAUUUUGUGGCACAUCAAUAUUUCACGAUAACUUACUGUAAUCAUUGUCAACUUAUCAUCGGUGGAAUUGGCCCUCAAGGAUAUUUAUGCAGUGAUUGUUCCCUCAGCGUGCAUCGACAAUGUGUUCGUGUAGUAGAGGAAAACUGUCCUGGUCCUUUAGUGCGAAAAGAAAGAGCCAAUGAUAGGAUCAGUAAAUUGAUGGAACGUAUUCGACCGGAAAGAAAACCACCAUCAUCUCAUCAUCAUCAUCAUUCUCAGAAUCACAUAUCGCAUCUUGAUAAAAUCAAAAAGAGUGAAGAAGAUUGCGGUGCGUUAACGGAUGGGGAAAAUGGUGAACAUCGCGUGGGUAGCGUGGCUGGAAACACUCGCAACAGUUGUGAGAGAAUGAGAAUUUCCAGUUUAGGAGGAAUCAAUGAUCAUACCGAUAACAUGGACAAUCCAUCGUCCCGAGAAGAUAUUUCUGAAAUGUAUGUAUCUAGGGUCCAGCAAAAUAUUUCCAGUAAGCCAAAGACGUCAAACAUCAACAGGUCUGAAAGUUACAAGGAGCGGAUACAUCAUAAGCGACAAUUGAGGGAAAAAAGAAAGACUAGUGAUCCGAAUCUAUCCAAAACAAAAGUCGGUUCCAGUGAUUGCGAGCAGCCCACCGGCACAUUUCCCGGGAACUCGGCCGGCAGUUCGUCGAACAGCAGCCUCUCAACGAGGAGUCUGGAUAGUCCCAGUACCAGUUUGGAGCAGGUACACCCGACCUCAUCGGCGGCAAACGCGUCAACUUCGUGGGACAGCGAUGUCGACGUUGAGGCUGACCCGCCGGAUUGGAGUCAGGCUGUCCCCGAGGACAUUUUCGCGCAGCUCAGCAACUCCGAGAAAAAAAGACAGGACGUUAUUAAUGAAUUGUUCCACACCGAACGCUCUCACGUUCGCGCGUUGAAAGUACUUUCACAUGUCUUCCACAAACCGUUGUUGGAGUCCCAAGUGCUGCCAUUAGAUCAGAUUCAGUUACUUUUCUCUAAUUUGGACGAGAUGUUGAUGAUACAUUCGCGCUUCAAUCAAGCAAUGAAACGGAAAAAGAAGGAGAAUUCGUGUGUGAGCGACAUAGGUGAGCUUUUGCUAGAGAUGUUUGACGGAGAAGCUGGCGAGGUGUUCGAAAAGGCUGCGUCAACUUACUGUGCUAAACAGCAAAUUGCCUUGGAUGCUCUGCGCGAUCAUCGACGUAAGGAUUCCAAGCUUAACGCUUUCCUAAAUGAGGUAGAGGCAAAUCCAUUGUGUCGUAGGCUUCAGUUGAAAGAUCACAUACCUACUGGUAUGGUGCGACUCACCAAGUAUCCAUUGCUCUUUGAAAACCUUGCUAAGUAUACGCUGGACGGUAACGAGAAAGAGAAAACAGCCGUUUUGCGUAGCCUUGAGCGAAGCAAAGAGAUUCUAAGUCGCGUGAAUCAGGCGGUGAAAGAGGCCGAGGAUCAUCAGCGACUCACGGACAUUCAACGAAUGAUCGAUCGGUCAGCCUUCGAUAAAUUCGAUCAUCCAACUGUGCAAGAAUUCAAGAACCUUGAUAUUACAAAGCGUAAAUUGAUCUACGAAGGGCCACUGCAGUGGCGGCGUACUGAGCCAAAUCGAUCAAUGCCAAAUCGUUCGGUGCCGAAGCCAGUUGAUCUGCAUGUAGUACUGCUUGACGAUACGAUCUUUUUUCUUCAUCGACAAGACGAUAAGUAUUUGCUUAAGUUUAUUAAUACAACCAAUCAAGCGGGAAAUUCGGUGCUGAGUCCGAUUGUCAAACUAUCUACCGUACUGGUGCGUCACAACGCCGCCGAAAAAGAUUCCCUCUAUCUCGUCAACACCUCACAGAAUGGUGCACAGAUGUACAAUCUAGUGGCACCAACGUCGGUAGAGCGCAAGCUGUGGUGCAAACAUAUCUCCGAGGCCGUGGAGGCCUACAAAGCGCGCGAUCGUCAGGGUAGAAGACCAACGCCAUCCACCAUACUAUCAGAGGAGACAACACAUGCGAUGGAAGACGCGUCACCCUCCGGAAUGGAGGCGGAUGGCAUAAUCAUUGAGAAAGAUCAACCGCAGGAUCGAGAAUCGAGAGAUCUUGGACAAAGUGCCGCCGGCAUGCAAGAGCAUAAUGAAGAUAUGCCGGAGACUGCUAAUGCCACAGGAACUCCUACAGCUGAACAUACACAACAGCGAGUACAAUCAACUGAAUCGCCAACGACAGGUAUGGCAGAGCCACUUCGAAUGGUCACGUGUACUCAGCUAUCGUUAAUAGAUCCAUUGGAAGUUCAUGUGGAAGUACCUCCGGUACAUGUUGCAGAACCCGUUCUUACGCCAAUAGAAUGUCUGAGGCGUAAAGAUGAAAUAAUCAAACAAGCUCUACAAGAAAAGCAAUCACUAAUGGCGGAUAUAUUAAAUAUUCCUAAGGAAGAUUUUGAGCAUGUGGCUGACAUAGCAUCUGAACCAUCCACGGCGGAAAAAGAACCCACCGAACUCAUACUUGCUGCUAUUAGCCAAACUGAUCAGCUGAUGAAAACGUUGAACUCUGCAUUAAAUGUGAACGAGACGGAAACAAUAUUUGCAUCACGUGGAACAUUGAUACAAUCCUCUCCUGCGUGUGAAGCUACCGGUUGUCCGUCAUUACGAAGUCACUCGCAUCCUCAACAAUCAAUUAUGGGAAUGGUACAGCCGAUUUGCCAUUAUCUCACGUCCCAGCUCUCACAAUUGUCGCAACUCCUGGAGAUUAUAAAAGAGAGAGAAGAAGAGCGGGAGAAGCUGCGGAAGGAAUUGUGUAGAAACAGGGAACGUGUACAUGCGCUUGACACUGAUGUACAGCGUCGUGAAUUUUCAGAAAUGAUAACCACGACAACUCAAACACAAACGAUGCUUGAUGACGUGCGCCAAGACAAUUGCACCAACGACUGUGCUUAUGAUGUAAAAGAGAUCCUCUAAUUUAUGUAUGCGAUUGUGUGCAGUACACAUUACUCAUUAAUAAACAAUUAACAAACAUUUUAACGUAUUUGUUAAUUUGUUUAUGAGAGGAAUAGUAUAGUAUAGCACACAGAGAGAAACUUGAGAGCGACCACCUAGCUCGGAAACAGACGCCUACUGAGAAAGUGAACUAUGUCCAUUUGCUUGAUGACGGUGUAUGGUUCGUGUACAAGCACAGAUUUCCAAUAAACGCCAGAUGAUUUUUUUGGAGCACUUAGAUCUCCAAAUUAGAGAACUUUUGAUAGUUAAUAAAUGCAGUUUCCCGCGCUUAUUGUGCGCCGUGCAAUCUAUUAUAGUUAACCAUUUGUUAGUGAACAUUACUCUAUGUGCUUGAAAUUUAUGAAUAUUUUAGUAAUUAUAAUUUAUUUUUUAGUAAAUUAUUUAUUAACGCAUCAUCAUAUAAGGUGUAUAUAAUCACAUUUAGACAUUCUAAUCUGUAUAAUGAAAUUUUAUAAUGUUAAUUACCAAUCUUAUAAUACUUAUAUAUCAAUAUCUUAUAAUUUUCUAAUUUAUGGAGCAUUUUUUAUAAAUUUUACUAUAAAUAAUUUGCAGCAAUGUACAUUGCCACAACGUUUGGACAGCGGUUUGUGCUACCUGGGUAGUAUAUUUAUAAUAAAUAUUCAUUUAUAUUU